AUUAUGGCUUCAUAUUCACAGUCAUUGUGUGAAAUAAAACAAGAAAUUUGUGAUUUAGAUAUCAAUAGUCAAUCAAAUAGUAGUUGUAUUGCAUUGACUGGUAAUCAGUUGAUUGACAAUACAACUGAUAUUAUUAACGAUGAUAUAUCAAUGGAAAUCAAUGGCAAAAUCAUUAUUCAUGGUAUAAACCAAUUGAUUGGUUACAUCACAAGUUUGAUGCAUCCAAUAAAUGUCAAAAUACCAGUUGGCGAUGAUUUAUAUGCUAAACGCCAAUCAAGUAUCGGACAAUUGAUGAUAAUUGCUUGCAAAACACUCGAAUAUUUUUGGACAAUAUUUUCAGCCAAACAUAAUCCUAAUGACCAACGAUUGAUGAGAUCAUCGGCCAAUAAGUUCCGAAACGAAUGGCUGAUUAAAUUACCCGAAAAUAUUGCCAAAAUGGCCAAUGAUUUUACCGAACAAGAGUUAAAUUGGAUUAAUCACUUGUAUAAUGCUAUUAGAAGAGAGUGCAGUCAACUAUACGAUUAUUGUCAGAGAAGACAACAAACACGUGUUCCGCGCGUCCAACAGAAUACAUGAUCUCUCUCUCUCUCUCUCUCUCUCUCUCUCUCUCUCUCUC